UCUUCUUCAAUGUUUUCCACCUCUUUGCUUCAUCCUCUUUCACCAAGGCUCCACCUUUAGAGAGAGGUGAAGCCUUCUUCUACCUUGUACCAGAUGUGCCAACUUUUACCACCUUCUCGAAAUCAUGAAAGUGGAAAGGAGAUGGGCUACAUGUGUCACAUUCUUGAAAGUCAUCUUUGUUUUUCGGACAAAAUCCCUCUUUUUAAAUGUCCAAAUACAAAGAGGGAUGUUGUUCAAAUGUCUUAAACCCCAGCAAAAGUUCAUAAAAAUCCAAUCUUGCCACACACCCUCCACUUCUCUUUUCAAAAUUUUCAGUUCAAGAAACCAUUUUUAGUAAGCCCAUUGUUUAGGAAAGAGAGAGGGGGGCAAAAAAUGGGGUGUGUAGCAUCAAGACUAGAAGAGGAAGAGGAGGUAGUCUCAAUUUGUAGAGAGAGAAAGAAGCAGCUCAAGCUGGCUAUAGAGAGAAGAUAUGCUCUAGCAGAUGCUCACUACAGAUACUGCAAAUCACUCUCUGGUGUCUCAGCAGCCAUAAAUCUGUUUGUCGCACACCAUUCUUCACCAAACGCAUCAUAUCGCAUCACAUUCCAGCCUCACUCUCCCACAAAAGAGAAGGUAGUUUCAAUUUCAAACCCUCCAUUUCUCCAGCAAGCAUCCUCUGAGCCCACAAAGCAAACCAUUGCAUGUGACUCUCACAGUUUCUCAACCAGCUCUGUUUCCUCCGAGGAGGAGAGAGAGAAACAAGGAGAGGGUGGAAGCUGUGGCUACUUCUACAUGGACAUGCCUCAGCCUCAGCCUCAGCCAACAAUGGCUUCACCUGAUCAGAGAGAUUUUGGGUGGGAUUUCUUCAACCCUUUCAACAAUGUGGCAAGGCCUGAAAUUGUGACUGUCUACAACAGGAUGUCUGAGGAGGAGGUGAGGGCUGUGAGGGAGCAAGAGGGCAUCCCAGAACUUGAGGAUGAAGAAGGAGAGAGAAUGGAAGGGGAGGCAACCAAUUUGGAGGAUAAGGGGGGUGAAAUUGAGGCUGUGAAGGGUGUGGAAAGAGAUAGAGAGAAAGAGUUAAGUGUUGUGGAUAAUCACAAACCGGUUGAAGGGAGAGAGCUGUUGGAAGCUUUGAAGGAUAUAGAAGAUCUUUUCAUUGUAGCUUAUGAUUCUGGUAAGGAUGUUUCUAGAAUGCUGGAGUACAACAGGGUGCAUUUGCAGUCUAAUCUUGACGAGAUAAAAGAAAACUCGACUAAGCUGAUCCAAGCCAUCACCUGGAGGUCUGCUUCUUCAAGCUCAUCAUCUUACAAGAGCUUGGUCGCAUCUAGUUCCUCAACGUGGACAGAGUUCAGAAAAGACCUUGAUGAUGACUACGGAGGCAUGACUUCCGGAAGCCACUCACUCACCUUAGCAAGGCUCUAUGCGUGGGAAAAGAAACUAUACGACGAAGUAAAGAGUGGAGACAGCAUACGCAAAAUCUACGAGAGGAAGUGCAACCAGCUUCAAAAUCAAGACGUUAGAGGAGACGAAAGGCUCACAGUCGACAAGAGCAGAUCAGCAGUUAAAGAUCUCUACAGCAGGAUCCUCGUGACCAUACGUAGUGCUGAAAGGAUCUCUAAACAAAUUGAGAAGCUGAUAGAGGAAGAGCUCGAGCCACAGAUACGGGAGUUACUUCAAGGUAUGACAGGAACAUGGAAAAUCAUGUUGGAGUCUCAUGAAAUCCAGAGCAAGAUCAUAUUCGAAGUAACAACCUUCUCGUGCCCCUCGUAUAGGAAAUUCUGCAGCGAGAAUCACCGGCUCGCGACUCUGCAGCUCGAGACCGAGCUCCGGAACUGGCGCUCGUGCUUCAUGGAGUAUUUAUCAGCCCAAAAGAGGUACGCCGAGGCCCUCUUCGGAUGGCUAUCCAAGUUUGUCGCUCCGGAAGUCGAGUUUUACUCUAGGGGUCGAGCUUCUGCACUGCCGUGCCGACUGAACGGUCCCCCGCUGCUCGUGCUCUGCCACGACUGGCUAGAGUCAAUGAACAAUCUGCCCGAGAAGGCGGUCUCGGACGCGAUCCGGAGCUGCUCAAGGGACGUCAGAGCUCUGUGGCUUCAGCAAGGGGAGGAGCUACUGCAGAAGAGGAAAGCGGAUAGUCUAUCCAAAGGGUUGGAUAGGAAGACCUCCGCCUUCCAGAAGGCCGAGAACCGGAUGCUCGAGCUUCGGCUGAGCGACAAGGGUGCGGCGGAGGUGGGCCCACUUGCCGAGGGGAAAGGAACGCUGGACGGCCUUCGGAGACAGGUGGAUUCCGAGAAGGAAAAGCAUCGGAGCCUGAUGAAAGAGACUGAGAGGAUGACGCUGAAUGGCUUACAAACAUGUUUUAGUAGGGUUUUUGAGACUAUGACAGAAUUCUCAAGGGCUGCAUUGGAAAUGUAUAAUGAGUUGGUGGAGGUAGAGAAGAAAGGUAAGAAAGUUUGUAUAGAAGGUAGUGCAGAAGUAGAGAAUGGCAGCAGAUGACAUGAAAAAGAAAAACAUCAUUUGCUUGUUUAGAUGGUUAUUGUUGUUUGUAGGCUUUGAGGUUUCAUAUUCUUGCAUAUUUAUGAAUUCUGUCGAAGCAACUCGCUGAGACUUUUGUUUCUUCA